UUUGAGGAAGGGAACAGCGAUGAUGAUGACGCGCUCAUGACCCGUGAUGGCGGCGACGCACAACAACCUCGGCAGCCGCAGCAGCAGCAGCCGCAGCAACCGGAGGCGAUGGUGGACGAGGACGAGCUCGGGUGGGGUGACGGCGGCGGGGCGGAGGACGACUGCGACGAGGAGCACCUGCUCUCGCCCGACGAGUACUUGGAGAUGAUGCAGUACAUCGAGGAGGCUUGCAAGGAGGAAGACUUCAGGGCCGAGGCGGCGGUUCUCGAGGACUACGAACUCACGAGACGCUUGGAGGAGGAGGAGGUGGAGUAUGCUGUGGCGAGUCUCGAUGAUAUCAACGGCAAUGGUCAGGAUGACGCGGUUCUAUGCCCCGUCUGCAAGCGCGACUACCUUCUCCACCCCGGCCCGCCUUCGGCUUCCAUCGUCUGCGCUUGCGGCUUCCGCCUAGACACGGGUGGAGAUCGCCUCGGCCUGGAGCACUUCAAGCAGCAGCUGGCGGAUACCUACAGCGAGCACAGCACCGCUUGCAGCGCGGAGCCUAGCUUUGUGGUAGAGGGCGCGCCUGGCUUCGACGUCCUUUGGAGCUCGUGUGACGGAUGCGGCUUCGCCAGGGUCGUCCUCUGACUUAGCCGAGCCGCCUGUUCUGCUACUCUCGACCGCGUGUACCCUCAUCCUGUACAAAACGCGUUAUCGCCCACGAUAUCAAGCUUUUCUUCUGUUUUUGCUACCUCGCAGUAGCUGGUUAUUUUGAAGAGAGACGGAAGGCAGCCUCGGUCCUCCACGUGGGGUGGUGGUUGUUGAUCGUUCGAAGCUUCUCGUGCGCUGGGCCCGAAGAGCGACGGGUUUUGUGCGUGUGUACGGUGGGGCAGCUUGUCUCUCAGACGCUGAACGAGUUGUUAGUCGUAAGCGUGUGCGAGUAGGGCAUGGGUGAUGCAUUUGGUUACACCGAAAGCUCCAUGUCAGAAAUUCUUUCCUAUGUGAAGCGGCCCCAUGAGCCCCAGCGGCGGUAGAACAAGUCCUGGACGGGCCAUGGGCAAACAUACCUCGGGUACUACAGACAACCAAUGCAGACGCGUUUCAAUCAU